GAAUUCCACGACCUCUUCAAAAUUAAAAAACAGAGAUUACAUACUUUCUCUCGUUUUCCCGUGAACCAAACAAAGCACCAGCAUGGACUCUGCGCAUGUUAACUGGGAAGCUCUGGACGCUCUAAUUAUCGAUUUCGCCAAAUCAGAGAACUUAAUUGAGGACUCAUGCUCGUCGUCUCCGUCUCUAUCCUCCUCAUCGUACCAUUUCAGAUUGAUCAUUCGCCAGAUCAGGCAGUCGCUGGAGGCUGGGAACGUUGAUGCCGCCAUCGAUCUCUUUCGAAGACACGCGCCUUUUAUCCUUGACGAUCAUCGCCUUCUCUUCCGGUUACAGAAACAGAAAUUUAUUGAGCUGUUGAGAAGAGGAACUGCGGAGGAUCGUGACUCUGCAAUUGAUUGCUUGAGGACGUCUCUUGCUCCUUGUGCUCUUGAUGCCUAUCCGGAAGCGUAUGAGGAAUUCAAGCAUGUACUUCUUGCCUUCGUAUAUGACAAAGAUGAUCAAACUUCUCCUGUGGCAAAUGAGUGGGCAGAGAGGAGGAGAUUUGAAAUUGCUGGACUAAUGUCUUCUGUUCUAAGAGUCCAUUUACAUGCAUAUGAUCCAGUCUUUUCAAUGACAUUGAGAUAUUUGAUAAGCAUACAUAAAGUAUUCUUCUUUCGACAAGGAAUUGUGUCACCAAUUUCAGAUCUUACCAAGAGGUUGCUCCUUGAGGAGCCUGAUCUCCCUGCAGCACCUCCAGAGAGUAUGUAUGAAGCACCUCCUUUUGAUGAGAAUGAUAUACAGGCUCUUGCACAUGCUGUAGAGCUUACUAGACAAGGGGCUAUUGAUAGCUUGAGAUUUGCCAAGGGUGAUUUAUUUCAGGCAUUUCAGAAUGAAUUAUGUCGGAUGAGGUUGGAUAUUUCCACUCUCGAUGAACUUGUGCAUGAGUAUUGUGUUUAUAGAGGAAUUGUGGAUUCUGGUCUUGCUUCCCCUUCUGGAAGGCAAACUGUGUCUGAAACUUUAAAAGCUAAUCAAGUAGAGCCUGGAUAUUGUUCCUCAAGAAACUCAUCUUUUGAAGUAGAUUGUAAUGAAGCUAAGCAAUUAGAUGUUGAAACUUUCAUGAGUAAUGCUAAGUUUGAUGGCUCACCAGAAAAUAAUACUGAUGUGACUAGCCAGCAAGUAGGUGAUGCUGAAGUAAGAUAUGCUUGUGAGUCAGCCAUCAAAAUUGAAGGUUGUAGCACUAGUGAAUCACAUCAGCCUGGAAAUUCAACAUAUCUGAAAAACAAAGCCCAUGGAACUGGAGAAAGGAAUAAACGGAAGCGUUGGAGGGGAAGACAUGAUGAAUUUGGUGGCACCCCUGAUGUUUCUUGUAUGGGCUGUAGUAAGGAGGAAAGAUCAGCAACCUCAACUACUGGCAUAAAUAUAUCAAAGGAACGGCAGGGGGUAAAAAAUCUUGAUAGGGAAGAUAAAUAUCAAAUUGUUCUGGGGAUAAAGGAACUAACCAGUGAAGGUAUGGCUGCUGAGGUUGUGGAGGAAAUUAAUACCAUGGAUCCAAAAUUUUUUCUCCAAAAUCCUAUUCUGCUAUUCCAACUCAAGCAGGUUGAAUUUCUAAAAUUGGUCAGCUCUGGUGAUCAUUCUGGUGCUCUAAGGGUUGCAUGUUCCCAUUUAGGUCCAUUGGUAGCAAAGGACCUUGCAUUGUUGAAGCCCUUGAAGGAGACUUUGUUGGCUCUACUUCAACCUAAUGAAGAUGCUUUAAGAAGAGGCAUGCCUUUACAUGCACUAGCGACAUCAAUUCAGGUUGCUGUUGGUAAGAAAAUUGGUAUUGAUGAGCCUCUACUCAUGAGGAUAAUGAGAGCAACCCUUCACACACAUACUGAAUGGUUUAAACUCCAAAUGUAUAAAGAUCGUUUUGAAAAGCUUCUUAGAAUAGAUUUGCUAAAGGAAAAUAAUGUUGCUUUCCUUGUUUCUGAUGCCACAUUAAAAUCAAAUGUUGAUGGUUGCAACCUUGGAUCUUCACAAGUUACACUCUCUUCAAGUACUUGGACAUCAGAAGAUGGUAGCAAUCCUAAUCAAUCAUUUUCCAUUGAUGUUUGUGAUGAGAAUGCAAUCCUGAAAGUAAUGGUAAGUUGAGCAUGUUCCUUGUACAUACAAAACUUAAAUGGUUUUGCUGCUAGAUCCAGUAGUGCUACUUCUGUUUUUUUUCUAUAUCAUGCGUUUGAUUUUAUAUGUGGACUUUGGUUUCUUAAGAAUGUUAUAAGUUUAUAUCUUUGUUUUGUGUAGGAAUUUCUUGAUUUGCCAAGGGCUGAUGCCAUCUAUCUCCUUGCACAAUACAAUGGAAAUGCAGAGAUUGUAAUCCAACAAUUAUUUGCGUAGUUUUAGUUUUACUGCUAUUCUACCAAAAGUGUUUUUUCUUUUUUUAAUUUGUUAUUUGUCAUUGGAUUUAUUCAAUUUGUUUCAUCGUUGAUAUAAAACUUUCAAAAUGAG